GAAUGUCACUGGUAGGCGGGGAAUUCCAGGUUAACACAACUUCAAGUAGGAAUGAACGCAUAAAGAAAGAGAAGCAGGAAACUCCCUAUUCUCUACUCCCAACAUGGACGUCCAGGUAGUGGUAGUAGGCGCAGGUAUAAGCGGUCUGAGUGCUGCUAAAGGGUUGAAAGAAUCCGGAAUUAGUGUCGUUGUUCUAGAAGCCCGGGACCGUGUUGGUGGACGCACGCACACUAAAAAGGAUCCCAAAGUCAAUUAUGUGGACAUCGGAGGUUCUUAUGUUGGACCAACACAAAAUCGUCUUCUUCGCAUGGCCAAAGAACUUGGAAUAGAAAAUUAUAAAGUAAACGAAGUCGAAGAUAUUUUGCAUUACAAAAAUGGAAGACGAACGCGCUUUAGAACUGGGACAUUACCUGGAAGAAGAAAUCCUUUCGUCGCCAUGGAUAUUAACAACAUUAUGUGGCUUAUGGAUAAAAUGGGCAAAGAGAUACCUGCCAAUGCUCCUUGGGCUGCUCCUCAUGCCGAAGAAUGGGACACGAUUACUUACAAGACAUUUUUGGAAAAAAACUGUUGGACAAAAGGAGCUGUUGAUUUUUUCAACCAAUUCAUGGGCAUCAUAAUAACGUCCGAAUCUUAUGAAGCUUCUCUGCUCAGUUUCCUUUGGUACGUAAAACAGUGCGGUGGAACUAUGAGAAUAUUGUCGACUACCAAUGGCGGGCAGGAACGAAAAUUCAAAGGAGGAAGUCAACAAAUUAGCGAAAAAAUCGCUGAAAAGUUAGGAGAUGGAGUUGUAGUUAUAAACAGUCCAGUGGUUGAAAUUGAUCAAGAAGCCAAGGAUAUAGUUUUAGUAAAAACAUUAAGCGGUAAAGAAUAUAAGGCUCAUUACGUUAUUCUGGCAUGUCCCCCAAUGCUGCAAAUGAAGAUUCACUUCAAGCCUUCACUUCCUCCUCUCCGUAAUCAAUUGAUGCAAAGGACGCCGAUGGGCUCUCUAAUGAAAGUCAUUCUGUAUUACAAGACAACAUUCUGGAGAGAAAAUGGGCUUUGCGGCUCACUGUUGAUUGAAGGAGGAGAUGAGCAUCCUGUGUCCUUGACUUUAGAUGACACGAAACCAGAUGGUAGCUAUCCUGCCAUUGUAGGGUUGAUACAAGCUGAUAAAUGUCGCCGUAUGGGAAGUUUGAGCCCUGAAGAACGGAAAAAAGUUGCAAGGAGUUUAGCAGAGGCCACUGGAUGUCAAGAAUUUCUGAAGCCUAUUCACUAUGAAGAAAAGAACUGGAUGGAGGAACAAUACUCCGGUGGUUGCUACACUGCUAUGUACCCUCCCGGCUUCUUUACCAGAUAUGGAAGAGUCUUGAGGACACCUAUAGGUCGACUGCAUUUUGCAGGCACUGAGACUGCUAUAACAUGGUCUGGUUACAUGGAAGGAGCCAUUGAAGCUGGAGAAAGAGCUGCCCGAGAAAUCCUUCAUAAAAUGGGGAGAAUUACUCGUGACCAAAUUUGGCAACGCCUGAGGAUGUCGUGGCGAAGCCGUUUGCUUGUUCCUUCAAGGAAAAGUAUACUCCUUCCGUUCCAGGCUUCAUAAAGAUCGUUCUUGUGUCAACUGCAAUCGGAGCUGCAGCCUGCGCUUUUUUGGCUUGUUCAAAAUUUGCUAUUAGAAGAAAAUGUUUGUAAAAUUAUGUUAAUUUUAUAUAAAUCUUAUUUUACUGUUUUUGUAAAAAUUAUUUUAAUAU